AUGGCCAGUCCGGCAAACCCUUUCGCCGCGCUUCACCAGACGGACGGAGCAGCGAGCUCAACGGCACGCGGACGUGGAGGACCAUUUCGAGGAGCGACGUCCUUCCAGCCUAGGGGGGCGUCCGCUUUCCAGCCUAGAGGCGGUAGCUCCAAUGUUCCACGGGACCCCAACAUCCGGGGUAGAGGCCGAGGUCGCGGAGCUCCUGCAACAAGAGCUGGUCGAGGAAGUGCAAGAGGUGCCGGCGCGGCAAGUAAGACAUGGCGCGCUAAUAAGCCAGAACAACAAACAGCGUCUGCACAAUCUACAUUUUCGCCUUUCGCGCAGCUGAAGCAGACCCAACCUUCUGCAUCUCCUGCUACACCGCCGACCCCACAACAGCAACAGAAACCGACUUUUUCGGGCUUUGGACGCGGAUCGCCGUCACCGUUUGGGGCACCGUCAACUAAUGGCGGCACUUCUGUUAAUGCUACGAGGGACCCCCGAAAGCGACCUACCACCCAGCCGACAAAUGGAGCCGCUGAAAACUCCGUCCCUGUAGAGGACACCUCCGCUACGGGUAGCUACGGCGACCGAUAUGAGCAGCUCAAAAUCGACCGUGCUAGGCAACGGGAGAAGGCCAUCAAGGCCGGGCAGAUGGCCGAUCCAAACCAGCCGAUGUCGCUAAAUAAGGCCAUUACACCCGUUGGUACCUGUACAAGCAUGUGCCCUGAGUUUGAACGCGUCGAGCGCAUAGUUCAGAAGAUGGUUGAUAAGAGUGAAAAGUACCUCCAUCCUUCGACCAAUACGCUGCAGAAUAUGGAGGCGAAGAUGCUCAAGCGAUUCAGACGGUCCGCUGCAGGAUACGAUGAGCAGCUCCCUUCUGACAUUCGAACACCUGGGACCCUUCUUCAAUCAAUGAACUACUUAACACGGCACGUUAUCGGCGGGCCGGAACCAUUGGGGAUAAUUCACAAAUUCGUUUGGGACCGAACGCGAUCAAUACGAAAUGAUUUCUCAGUACAACAAGUAACUCAAGAAGAAGACGUCAAAGUCGCUGUCACAUGCCUUGAGAGAAUUGCUAGAUUCCAUAUCAUGUCUCUUCAUUUGCUUUCGAGCCCCGCGAAUGAAGAGCCGUUUGAUCGACACCAGGAACGCGAACAGCUGAAUAACACGAUGCUCUCGUUGAUGUAUUACUAUGAUGACAACAGAGGUCGGAUCUCGUUUCCUAACGAGGACGAGUUCCGCGCUUACUAUAUCCUCUUUUCGAUCCACGAUCAGCGACCCGACUUGGAAGCUCGUGUCCAGAAAUGGCCGGCCGAGUUGAGAAACGCGCCGCGUGUUCGAGUAGCGCUGGAGCUCUUCGCUGCAGCUCAAAACACCUGGGAGUAUCAGGGUACUCUUGACGCCAAACGGCCCAAUGCGAUUGCCCAGGGUUUUUAUUCACGCUUCUUCAGCCUAGUCAACUCCCCCGCCGUGUCAUAUCUUAUGGCCUGCGUGGCGGAGAUUUACUUCAACCACAUGCGUCAGACAGCCAUCCGUUCCAUCUGGAAGGCAUACUGCCGCUACCCAUCUUCCCAACAGCAUAAGAAUGAAGAGUGGACUGUUGACGAGUUGACGAAUAUUCUGUGCUUUGACGACGACGAUCAGACGAUACAAUUUUGUGAAGAGCAGGGCCUAGAGUUGGCUGAAAAUGCCAAUGGCGAGCUGUACCUCAAUUGGGGGAGCCGCCCUGUUGACGCUGUCGCCUUCCAGCCGUCCUCUGAUCACUCCUUCUCCGAGGAAUACGUCGAGUCAAAACGUGUAGGCAGAAACUUGGUCGCUAUUGUUCUUGGAGUAAACGUCCAAGAAGCUGCGACUUUAGGAAUGGUAGACAGAUCUCUCCUCCUCGAGCGCGAUUCUGGUCUUACCCCCACUGGGCAGAUGGCCAUCGAUAACAAUGACUCUCUUUUUGUGAGCGAAGACGACAACGAAGUUUCUCCUACCGGUAUCUUCCAGCCCAAUGAGGGACCCGCGAGUACGAUAAAUGAGCAGCCGCCCACCUCUGGCUCUCCGUCUGCAUUUGGGGGCAUAUCGGAACCUACUGCUGCGGGCGUGCAAAGCCCUACCACGGGAGUCUCCUUUCCCAAUCCCAGCGCAUCUCAGCCACCUGCCGCGCCCAAUCCAUUUGGGUCCCUCUUUGGGGUUAAUAAGUCAGAAGAAACUACGCCACCCCCGUCUCUCAAUCCUUUCGCGAAGCCGUUCUCCCCGUUCUCUACAUCUCAAGACGCUGAACCUAGUCAGCCGACGGCUACUCCUCCGAAACCGGCAAGCCCUGCUCAGCCGUCAGGUCUCUUUGCGAAUACAGGAACCCUUGCGCAAACAAAUCAGAGCGAAAAGGCACCUGCUACGUCGGCUGCCUCGCCUUUCUCAUUUCCGAGCGCGACCCAACCCCCGACAUCUCAAGCACCCUCAUCUAAUCCCUUCCAAAAUUUCCAAAAACCUACAAUCUCUGAUACCUCCCCAUUCAGCGCGCCGUCGCUAUUUAAUGCCAGGCCCGAUCAGCAUAGUGCCUCGACUGCUGGACAGUCCUCUACAAGUCUUUUCGAUACUGCCAAACCGAACCCCCCUCCUGAGGCUCCUAAACCUUUAUUCAGUUUCAGCAAGCCGGUACAACCGGCCCCCCAGGAACCUGAGACAAGUACGCCGCAAACCUCGCCGCCGCAACCCCCGGCGCAGCCAGAUCAGCCGACUCUCCCAUUUUCAUUAUCGUCUGACUCCGAGGAAGAGAAGAAAGGUAUCUCUAUAUUCUCAACUGUCAAAACGCCUCCGUUUGGCGUUUUCAAGCCUCCUUCUGCGAAAAUGAGCGUAGAUACGCCUCAGAGCCAGCCGGCCACUUCCACAAACGGAGAAACCUCAAGCUCGACAUUGUUCCCCCAACCGGCUGCCCCGUUAUCGAGCAAUGAAGUUCCAGCACAGCCGAUGUUCUCUAAACCAUCAGUUCCAGGUAGAGCAGAAGCGACAGCACCUUCCAAGCCUUUAAUUGAGGGCCAACACGAUAGUACCGAAAUAGAAACUCCAGAUGUUGAGAUUAUCAAUGAAGAACCAGCGUCUAAUGAAAACGAAGCAGAAGAAACUAGCAGGUCGGAUGAUUGGAUCGCUCAUUUGAUGGAAGCCGCUGAUAAACGACGGAACACUGUCUCGACACCAGCAAGUCGAAAACGGGUUUUGGAACAAGAAACCCCACCAACAGAAAAUGUCUUCAAGGCGCCGAAGGUGCCGAAAUCUGAACAGCCACCUCGGAAAUCCAUGGCCCUUUCUUCCCUAAAGCCUCUGCCGAAGCUCCCCAUCCUUGAACAAAUCGAGUCAAUGACUACCCGAAAACCCGCGGAACAAAAGGCAGAGCCCCCGAAGCCGAAUCGAGUUGACGAAGACGACCUUCUUCUUUCAGCCGCUCGUAUAGCUGCAGAGUCACUGAGAACCGGGCCGCGGCUUUUGGGUGGCGGCUCAGCACCAUAUGAAUCAUGGCGCUCCUCCUACAGCCCCCGCAGCAGUGUCGGAUCUUCAGGCGUAUUUUCCCGCAGCGUAUCUCCCCAACAAUCCGUUAUGAGCGGAUACGACGUUUCUCUUGCCCCUGAUGGCGAUCUUGGACUUGGGCGCAGCAUGUCCCGGACAGAGCAAAGAAUUAGAAUGACCGGGGGUAAAGGUCUAGCUUACAAACCCCUCAACUUCACACCGAGGAAACCAUCCUGGCACUCACCGCCGAGGAAGUAA